GUGACCAUAGCUGCCACUGUUCUAACAGACAGGCACACAUUAGACAGUGAAUGGCAGCGCUGGCUCGUCCAAUGCUUCUCCUUUUGCUGUGGAACGGACCCUCCCUUUCAAGCGUCGCAGCGAGCACAGUGGUGGAUCUGCAGAAGAGGAUCAUCGGAGGUCGACCCUGCAAGCGUCAGCAUCAUGUCAAGCUGAGAGGAGUCGCUGCUGGUGGCUCUUCCAACUUGUGUGGCGGCUCUCUGAUCAGCGAUCGGUGGAUUUUGACCGCAGCUCACUGCUUGAACCCACAGAGGACUAUGUUUGCAGCUUUAAGUGUGCAUCCAGGGGGUUCAGCAAAAGAAGUGCGAAUCACGGCAGAACCAGUGAUCUAUAGAGACAAAGACAAGAACAACAACAUCAGGCCCCAUGAUAUCAUGCUGCUGCAGCUACCAACCCCCUCUGGUAUUCAGCCUAUUGCUCUUCCUGACUGUGGACAUCGUCCUAAAAAAGUUGAGAUCGCAGGUCACGCUGCCACUACUGGAGGCCCUAAUGAUGAAAGGAAGCCUGGUAGUUCACCCACUCUCCACUGUGCAGACAUUGAUGUUGUCAGCUGCAAAGACCUCAAAAAUACUUUACACCAACGUUUCCAAGAGUUCUUCAAAGUCAAGGUGUAUCAACACUGGUUCUGUGGCCAAACACCUGGAGUGGAUAUAUGUUAUGGAGAUUCUGGUGGAGGAGUGGUGCACAAAGGCAAAAUUUAUGGCAUCAUUUCUUUUCUUGGUGAUCCUAACAAUGUAUGCAGAAAAGCUGCUGCGUUCAUGGACCUCUGCAAUCCAGAAUACGCUGCCUGGAUCCGUAAAACUAUUGUCUGAGAG